AUGAUCCAGGGUGGUGAUUUCACCGAGUUUAACGGCACUGGUGGAGAGUCAAUCUAUGGGGAGAAAUUCGACGAUGAGAACUUCGAGCUCAAGCAUGACCGUCCAUUCCUGCUCUCCAUGGCCAACUCCGGACCCGGAACCAAUGGAAGCCAGUUCUUUGUUACUACUGUUCCCACCCCUCAUCUUGAUGGAAAGCACGUCGUAUUCGGAGAGGUGAUCAACGGCAAAGGACUUGUCCGCAAGGUAGAACAACUCCCAACCAGCCCUGGUGACAAGCCACACUCAGAAGUCAAGGUCGUUGCCUGCGGUGAAAUUACGGGCGAUGACUAUGAAACCGCUACUAAGCGUGCUGUGGACCCAACUGGAGAUACAUAUGAAGACUAUCCAGAAGACAACAACCAGGAGUUCACUGGUCCCGAGUAUUUCAAGAUCGCCACUGAACUCAAGGAGUUUGGCAACACUGCUUUCAAGUCUGGUGAUGUGCAGCUAGGUCUGGAGAAAUACCAAAAGGGUCUGCGCUAUCUUAAUGAAUAUGCCGAGCCUUCUGAGAAUGAUCCCCCAGAGCUUGCUGGACAGAUGAUGACUCUCCGAUUUGCCCUCCACUCUAACUCCGCCCUGCUUGCUAACAAAUUGAAACGCUACAAUGACGGCCGAACCUGGGCUGGAUAUGCUCUUGACCAAGCCGAUCAUGCCAAAGCCAAGGAUGCAGACCGGGCAAAGGCCCUCUAUCGACGAGCCGUUGCCCUCGCUGGAUUGAAGGAGGAGGACGAGGCUCUCAAGGAUCUGGAAGCUGCUGCCAAGUUUGCCCCCAACGACGCUGGAAUCAUUGCCGAGAUCUCCCGUGUGAAGAAGAGUAUUGCUGAGCAAGACCGCAAGGCCAAAGCUGCUGCAAAGAAAUUCUUCUCCUAA